GGGUUCGAUUACUUAAGAGAAUCGAUUACAAUAUUAAUUAAAUAGAAAACGUAAAUGACCUAAAUGAAAACUAAAGGUUUGGCCACACUAUCGAAAAAAUAUGUAUACAAUUAAAUGAAAAUAAAAUAUGAGAUUUGAAUAUUAAGGCAGCACUAUGAGUAAUGCCGAGUACGAAUAUGUUGUAUUAAAAAUAAAUGGAUACGAUGUUAGUCAUUUGUCGAGGUAUGAAGCGGUUCAAAAGUUCCUUCAAGCUAAAGAAAACCUUGUUGUUGAAUUAUGCAGACAAAAACACAAUGCAUUAGAUUUAGAAUUAAAACGAGGCUCAAAUGCCAAAAUAUCAAAACUGGACAAACCCGAAGAACUUUCUGUCCUAACAGAAAAGUCAGCAGAAACGACGAUCACAACUGCCAGUGCCUCUCAAGAAAAACAUUAUCCUUCCACACCUUUGAAAGGAAUCGAGACGGAAACUCCUGUGGUUUUGAUUCUACGGGCUGGAAGUCAUGAGGAUCGUUUGGGCGCUCCACAAGCCGCAUCGAAGGAAACGCAAACCUCAACUGUCGUCGACACGGACGUUCUAAAGGAUAGCGAUUUGGUUCAAACGAUUACCGACAAUUUCAUUGAGCAUGAACAUCACUUGUUUGAGCAAUGCCUGGAACCGGAAAUCGACAUUGAGGAAGUAACGCUUACAAAAGGUGUUGAACAUUCAAGCUGCAAUCAAAUUGGGCUCUUUAUUACCUCCUCCGGACUUCAGCAAUCAAGCAUCGACACGAAUAAAGGUGACAUACUGCGUAACGACUUAGAACAGAGUGAGGAUGUGUUCAUUAGUGGUGUGCAACCGGAAAGUAUAGCCUAUCGAGAUGGGCGCCUGCGACAGGGGGACCAGAUUCUUCGUAUUAACGGCAUGGAUGUGAAAAACCAGGAGGAGUUAGAAACCCAUAUAGCCGGGAGUAGUACAUCAGUAACACUACUAGUUAGUCGAAUACUAUACCCUGAAGACGAUGAUGAAGAAGAUAUACAUUUUGAGUAUACUAAUACAUUUCUGCCAGAUGACUAUACAAAUGUAGUGGAUAAAUUGGAUAAAGUUUUGUUAACCCACGUCCAGUCUUUGGAAGAACUAUCAGAACAGAAUUCAUCUGAUUCAAAUAUUAAAAUAUCUUCUUUGGCGAAAAAUAUGAUUGAACAAUCCACCAAGUCGUGUAGUAAAAUAAAGCUUCGCCCAAAUGCUAACUUUGAUUACCGAAAAAGCUUCAAUCAAUCUCUAAGCCAAAAUGAACAUCUGCAAUAUGAGUACGAUGAAAGUGAGCACAUUUACGAGACCAUUCCAGAAGAUUCUGAAAGUGAACCACUGUAUUGUUCACCGUACCAACGUUCUAACGGCAAGACGUCGAUAGGUUCUUGUUCAUCUGCAAUAGCAUCGAGAACGGUCGAAACAUUAGAAACAACAAUGCAACAACAAACUCAAAGAGUCGCCCAGUGGUUGGGCUUGAAACCGCAAUACCCGAAAACUAGACACACUCUAGUUGGUCGACCCCCGCCGUUAAAAUUAGUACAGCAACCUGCAUGUAGUCGUGUUUUUACCUUACGGAGCACGUUAACCAACACAAGCGGAUCCAGCAGUAGUGGAGUGGCAUACAGCGCUUAUGGACCAAAUAAUGCUGUUAGUGGGAACGUUGCGGCUCCUGCCGAAGAGGUCGAUAACUCCUCAAGUGCCUACAACACUGGCGGCUCAAAUAAUAGCGCCUCCCCUCAUCAAAAUACUACAAAUCCUGAUGACGGUAUCGCCACAGGUCGCAAACUAGAAAGUACAGUUAUUAAUAGCCCCAACGAUCAUUUGGAAUCCACAGCUGUAAGCAGUAUGCUGCUAUUACCAUUCGGCAAGUCUGGCCGUAUUGGUCUCUGUUCUUCCAAUCUGCCAACAGCAUGUGUCAGCGAGAGGCAUAUUAACGUUGGUGUCGAAAAUGAAAACCAUCCACCUAAAAGCGACAUUGAAAUACUAAGAGAUAAACAAACUGAGGAUUCUUAUAGCCAUUGUCCACAGUUUAACGCCCCAAAUUUGAGUAGUUACCACUUUGUUAGUAGCCAAGAGGUUGCAAACAGAUGUCAUAUUUCAACAAAUUUACAAAAAAAUGCUGCUUUGCUUAACGGUGAAAGUAGUGAGGACAUUCCCAUGGUAUGGAAGGUUAAAAGACGACCAGAUGGAACGCGCUAUAUAGUAAAACGCCCAGUACGUAAUCGACCCCAAGUUGCAAUUCGGAAAAAUGUGCGCUGCAACGAAGUUACCACAACGGAGGAGGAUACCGUAUCUGAAGUAAAAAUUGGUCGGUAUUGGACAAAAGAAGAACGUAAGCGGCACAUCGAACGAGCUCGAGAGAGGCGGCAUCAUCAGACGCAGCCACAGCAACAAUAGCUACAUUAACACUUUCCUCUUGUACCAUUUUAAUAUUACAUUGCUUUAACUACAGUCUUAAGAACACAAAUUGGAUUCAGUGUCCAAAAUUUUUCUUUGAUUUAAUUGUUAUGGUCACCAAAUCUUAAAGAGAUUAUAGGAGUGUAUAAAAAGGUUAUUCACAAUUCCGUUUUAAAAUUUGGAUAAUCUAUGAACUUUUUAUUGUAUUUACAGUCGAAUUAAAAUAUAACGUUAUUUUGGCGGUCCGUAAAAUAUUCCCAAAAAAAUUUCGUUGUGAAUUGUUCCUAUACUAGUUAUUUGUUGAAAUAAACCCAACCAUACGUACAGUCUUUGUUGAUGCCGGCACGAUUAUGUACGGAAUAUCAA